UGAUGCCAUUUUCUGACAUUUUCAGUUGACAUUUAAAAAUCCCGCUCCAAUUAGCUCUAUAUUGGCUCGCUGUUACAGAUACUGCUUACAGAUAUUAGAUAUACGCGCCCGUGCGGUCACUCAAUAUACCCUGCCCGUGCGCGCCUGUUCGCCCGUUUAGCUCAUGGUUUGGUUAAAAAUAUACACUGUGUUAAAAACUAUAUAAGAACACUUGUUCAUCGAGGAACAGGCGCAGAACACACAGUGAUCAUUGUAAUAUGCUUCUUUGAAUGACUCAUGAUUCAUGAAUGACUGGCACCUAUGAAUUCUUUGGGUCAGGGCAGUGGGUCAGGGUAGAUCAUAGAUGAGGUGUAAGAUGAAGAUAUUUGGAGUGGUAUUGUUAUUAUUUGAUCAUAUUUUGUCGGGCACAAGUCAAGAAUCCUUUGAAGUUCAGCAUAUCGAGGACUGUCAUUUGACACAGUUUUUCAGCACCACUACAUACCAAUGUACGGAAUGUGGCAAGUUUCAAGUUCAUUCAAAAGAUGGACUUGAGUGUGUCUGUGAGCCUGGCUACUGGCAGACAUACGAGUCAGUCUCUGGCCAACUGUCAUGUGUUGGUUGCCCUCCUGAGCAUGUCACCUCCAAAGAUGGCCUGGACUGCAUUCGUUGUGAGUCCCCGCUGGCCUAUGAUGCCACCACCAAGACCUGCACACCAUGCCCAAAUGGCACAGUGCAAGUGGAGCUGACGCCCAACGGGACGCGGCGCACGCGCGGCUGCCUGCGCUGCGGCGCCGAGGCGGAGCCGGCCGCCGACGGUUCCGCGCAGUGCCACCGGUGCGACCGCUCGCUGCUGGCGGCGUCCGGCUCGUGCCGCUGUCCGGACUCACACCUGCUGCUGUCGGGCGUGUGCCUGAGCUCCUCCCAGCUCAACCAGGUGCCCGCUGAGGCCUCCAUGUACACCAUCGACUUCGAGGACGGCACGACCAUCGACUCUGCGUUUUUCCGCCGCCACAGUCGCGCCGCCGCCUUCCUAUGUCGGUUUCGUCACAACAUAUCGGCGUGCCACCUGCUGGCCAACCUGUGCGCGAUCACCAUGUACUCGGAGCGGUCGGCGGCGGCGCCGUGUGGUCAGCUGCGCCAGCUGGCCUCGGGCCGCCAGCGGCCGCCGGCUCCACACCUGCCCUGGCUGUUCUACGAGGAGGACGAGGCGCCGACGGUGCUGAGCCGCAGCCGUAUCUCCCAGGAGUACACCGUGCAGCGGGACCGACAGAGCUCGUACCUGAACCUGACGGUGGCGCGGUUCAGCGCCGACGGCCGACUGCUGGGCCGGACACCGCUGGACUCUGUACGCUCCAGCGUCUGUCCGCAGCUGUCGGCGGCUCUGCGCAGCGCCACCAGGUUCGGCUCCCGGUUCGAGCACACCUGUACACUGACCGGCCGUGACCUGCUGGAAGCCGGUCCGCCCGAGUUCUUCGAGCUCUACCUGCAGUACCAAGCCGACGAGGCGGAAUGGCUGUACGCCAUCCCUGUACGCGUGCUCAACUACCGCAGAAACGGACGGUAUGUCAACCAGGCCGAGGACCGCCACCGCUGGCAGCUGGUGCACCGGUUCUUCCUAGUGGACGCUGUGUCUUCAGUACCGUCAGCGGGAACUGGCGAGCAGCCCGGGCCGCAGCUGGUCCAGUACGUGCGCGACCUCCAUCUACAGGUGGAGAUGCGCUCGGAGGCCGGCCGGCCCGGGCGGAUCGCCCCGCCGCUGCUCACCCUCGGCUACGACCUGGUACCGGCGGAGCGGGCGGCCGCCGGCGGCCUCCCCGUCCGGGUGCGCGUCAGCUACAGCGUGGACAUGUCGGAUGCCCGGGAACAGAUCGAGGUUGCGGUCGGUGUGAUGAGCGCCUUCGCCGUCGUCUGGGCUAUCUUCCGUACCUGGGCCUGGAGCAGCCGGAACGGAAAGACGGAGGUGGACGUCCCCACGCUGAUACACCUUCUGGUGUGCUGCUGCGGCAGCCUGGCCAACGUCUUCCUGCUGGUGAUGUUCUGCACCUGCUUCUACUGGUUCAUAUUCUUCAAGCGCCAGGAGGUGGCGUACAGUCUGCUACCGACGCCCGAGCAGGAACGCUUCGUGCGUGACAUCGUCAUCUCCGCAUUCGUCCUGAAGACGGCGGACGUUAUUUGGCUGCUGUGGCGUCAGGUGACAGUCAGUCUAUUCCUGCUCGACUGGGAGCGGCCCAAGGCUCGCUCGUCGCUGCCCCACCCGCACCUGCCGGCCGGCGCCGACGGCUCGGGAACGGUGAGCAUCUGGCGCACCUACUUCAUCGCCAACGAGUGGAACGAGCUGCAGACCCAGCGGCGCAUAAACCAGACCUGGCAGCUGAUGAUGGUGCUCUUCGCGCUGGAGAUAAUCGGUUUUAUCGAUCUGGGCAGCGCGGAGCCGGAUAGCGGGAUGUCACGGCAGCCGGGCCAGCCGGCGGCGCCGCAGUCGUUCGUCUGCCGCUUCAGCGUCAUCGUGCUGACGUACGGCACGGUGACCGCCCUGCAGUGGAUGUUCAACGGCCUGCUGUACGAGCGGUUCGUGGAGAACAAGAUGCAGCAGUUUGUCGACCUGUGCUCCAUCUCCAACAUCAGCCUGUUCAUCCUGUACGAGCGCAACUACGGCUACUACAUCCACGGCAGGUCGGUGCACGGUCACGCGGACGCCGACCUGUCGGGCCUGUACGAGCAGCUGCAGCGCGAGCAGGAGGACCUGUGCUCGCGGCGCGGCCUGGUGCCCGGCGCCGACCAGCAGACCUUCCAGCUGAUGCUGCCCAACACGUUCCGGCUGCACUACGACGACCUGCUGGCGCCCAUGCAGCGGAAGUCGGGCGGUCACCCGGCUCAGCGUCCGUCGGGCGGCGCCGGAGACUCCUCCAGCGGCCCUCCGGCCGAGCAGCACCCCAGCAUCCAGGCUUACAACACCAUCAACAGGUUCCUGGCCGCCUUCAUCGAGCACGCCAUCAAGGAACUGGACUACACGGUCAAGGAUAAGAAGUUCAUUGAAUCGAUGAUGGAUAUCGAGUUUGCCGACCCGGACGAAAAGGGAGUCUUCUACAACGACGGCCGGCUGACGUUCGAGCGGGCCCUGCUGUACGGCCACGGCUGGGCGCUAGCGGUGUUCGACGUGCUACUGUUCUGCUUCGUGGACCUCCUGUCCGGCAGCACCCUGCUGGCAGGAAUGGUCGUCUUCGUUACCGGAAAGAUGGUGGAUGCCGCGCGCUACUACCUGGGCCGCCGCAACCUGGCCAAGAAGACACUGGUCGACGAGCGCUUCCUCAUAUGAGGGUCGUGGUGCGCGUAGUCUAGCCCGCCAACGCUUCAGCUUCCUAGCAGGCGGUUAGUACAGCUUUUUAGGCGGCGGCUAGCUCUGUCAAGCUUCGUAGGAGAAAGGUGCAGCAAGGUAGGCGACUCGGUAGAGUGGUGUAGAAGACAUGCAGCUGAGCAGCGUGGCGUGGUGCUGCAGUGCCUUUCCGACCCGUUGCCCCACUGCCACUGACAAUAGCUCAGGAGGGCACGGUCUGUAUCAACUGGCAGGCUUGACCAUACUCCAUGAUCUCGUACGCGGUAGUGAUGCGUAUUCCGUCCUAGUCAGUUACCUGAAUUUAACUUUGCUCUAGUCAGCGAUGGAUCUAGUCUGUAGUGCGGCCAGGUGUGUCCUCUGGAAGUAGCGCGCCUCUUGCGCAGCGAUUAGUGUGUUUGUAACGUGAAGUUUUAGUUUGUGUGUGCGUGGCGAGGGGCUGGCCACCGGGAACGAGCCCGUCCUUCGUCCGUCACGGGCCUCGCACAUUCGCCCUGAUGAAGUGAGGUGCAAGCCAUCGGAAAUUGUGCCGUCCACGCGUGUUCUUGACUGUUCACUCCUGUCACAUGAUUCCAUGUCGCAACUGAUGCCGUCCACGUAUUAUCUAGUCAGUUCAUUGCAUGCCACUUGCACUGGCCCUGUACAAAUGGCGAAACCGUCCAAUGGUGCACUUAUAUUUCUCACGUGAUUGAUUUGAGCGUUAAUACACUUGCUCGUUCGUUA